AUGGCCGAUGCAGAAUUGCAGCUUCUCUCAGCCGGAGGUUUGUUUGUUUUUCAAAUAAGUUUUUGGCAAAAUCUCUGAAAAAAAAUUUUUUUUGAAACAAAAUGUUCGAUCAUACUCCCGUUUCUUCCGUAUUCAAACUCUAUUUCUAAAUUCAGAGAAGCGAGCGAUUGCCUUGGACGACGAAGAGCGUCCGCCACCACCGGUAAUUCUUCUUCUUUUUCACUGCCAUACAAAUUAUUUUAUUUUUUAGGACAAAGGAAAUUUAGUUUUCUUCAUUAUUCUCUUGCACGGAAUCGGGACAUUGAUGCCUUGGAAUAUGUUUCUCAACAUUUCAUACGACGUAUUGUUUUUCGUUUUUUUGAUAAAGGUUGAAUAAAAUUAACUUUUAGUACUACGAAACUUACAAAAUGUUGGAGAACUCAACUAUGAAUCCUGAGACGGGAGCUGUGACAGGCUCCCCAAGCGUCUACUCGGCAAACUUCCAGAGUUAUCAAAUGAUUGCUGCUCAGAUCCCAAACUUGCUUCUCAACUUCAUCAACAUCUUUGUAGUCGUCAGGUAGUUCCUUUUUUAAGGUUUUCAGUUGUUUAAAGCUUUUCAGAGGAGAUUUGGUCAAGAGGAUUUCGAUCUCGCUUUCCAUCGUCGCCGUGGCUGUUCUGUCAACUAUGAUCUUCAUUUAUAUUGACACUUCCAACUGUGCGCUUGAACUGUUUUUAAAAGAAGUUUAUUUAUGUGUUAACAGGGGUUUCGACAUUUUUCGUAAUCACUAUCAUCACUAUUAUUGUUUUAAAUGGAGCUAAUGGAAUUUAUCAAAACAGGUGAACGAAAAACUUUUUAUUGUGAAAAACAUGGGUUUUCAGUAUUUUCGGUCUGGCUUCUGACUUUCCAUUCAAGUACACAAAUGCCGUGAUCAUUGGAAACAACCUCUGCGGAACUUUUGUGACAGUUCUGAGUAUUGCUACAAAAGCAUGUAAGUUUUUUUCUGUUUGAAAUUUUGAGGACGAGGAACUUUUUCUGAACUUUCGUUUGAUUUCAGUCACGAAGAACGUUCUUGAUCGCGCUUUCGCAUAUUUCAGCAUUUCGCUUUUGACUCUUGGCUGCUGUUUCGCGUCGUUUUUUGUUUUGAAAACUAAGGCACUGUCACUUUCCUAUUUUUAUAUUUUUAAUUUUUUUCAGGCUUUUUACAUCUUCUUCACAGAAAAGGCUGCUCGGCAAAGAGUUUCAGACAACAAAAACGGCUCUUCUGGAUCUUUCCAGUCUUAUCUCUCUACUUUCAAACAGGUGCCUAUCCAAAUUGAAUCAUUAACAGACAAUAAUGGUUCCGUUUAUAAUUCACUGAUUCAUUGAAAAAAAAAUGGAAAAUUUUCCUCUAUUCUCAAAAAGAGUUGUUACAGGCGUUUUGGGCUCUGAUCAACGUCUACCUUGUAUUUUUCGCGACCUUGGCUAUUUUUCCUGGAAUAAUGAUGUAUGUACGCGACGAGAAGCCAGGAGAGCCUUACAGCUUUCCUUUGCCCCGUAAGAAAUGAUUCGUCAGUCAUUGCAAUCACUGAAUUUGAGAGAACUAUUUCAUGGACGUCACUACUUUCCUGCUUUUCAAUGUUUUUGCUUUCUUUGGCUCUUUGCUAGCUGGUUCCAUCCAAUGGGUUAGUCGAGAUUUUUUUUCUGGCUUUCCAACUUUCUCUUUAUUUGUAUUUUUGUCCCGGGUUUUUGAUGUCAAAAAAUAAUUUUCAAUAGGAGAGCUAGGAAUACACAUUUUUCAGUUUGUAAGAAGUUCUGCAUCACCUCUAAAAAUUGAUAUUAUUGUCGCUGGGUAUGCAAACUUUGAGCUCACAAAUUUAGGAAGUUUAUUUUUAGCCAGAAUUUUUCUGCGAGAAAAUUAAAGAUUCCUUCCCUACUUCGCAAUUUUUUUGAAAAAAUUAAUUCAAAAAGUACACCGCUACUAGUCUUGAAAAGUUAAGGUAAAUUCGAAUUGCAGCCUUCUCCCGGUUAUUUAUGGAUUCCCGUGUACCUGCGGCUGCUGUUCAUUCCCUAUUUUGCAAUGUGCAACUACUUGCCUUAUGAACGGUUGGUUUACUUUUGUGAACUCUGAGAAAUAUAAUUUCAAAAUUAGUUCGAUUUGAAUUCUGCAGAUCGUAUCCAGUAUGGUUCCCUUCAACUUGGGGUUUCGUCAUUAUGGGGGCACUUAUGAGCAUCAGCAGUGGCUAUUUCAGCGGCCUCGCCAUGAUGUACGCGCCGAAGUAAGUUGCUUACCUCACUUCUCUCUUAAUCACAAUCAAUUCGUAGGAGUGUCGACCCAUCCAAAGCUCGCACUGUAGGAAUGAUGGCAGGAUUUUUCCUCAUUUUCGGUAAAACCAGGCGUUGAAUCAUUUCCUUAACACUUUUCUACAGGAAUCGUUUCCGGUUUAUUGUUCACUAUGCUCGUCAAACUUGUUAUAACUGCCGGAACGCCAAUCAACAGCCAAUAG